AUGGCGCCAACAUGCUCGGACCCUCGCCAAAUCGUUAUCACUCUCAACCCCGCACGGCGUCAAGCUCUGCUGAAACUCGUUGAUGAGAUCACCUCUUACAUGAUAGAUCAACUCCAGGCAUCUGACGAAGAGCUGGGUCCUGUUCUAUCAACCCCUCGGGAUGAAGGUGGACCUUCGACACCCAGGGAUGAAGGCAGAUCGUCAACACCAAAGAAUGACGACUUCUACAAGCGGGCUCAAGAGCAAGAGCAACAGCCAAAGAAGCCGUCAGCACAGGCACUGCGCAUCCAAAAAGCUGCCAUCAAGCAUAUGAAGGGAUGGAAAAACGAGUUCAUGCCGAAACUUGAAGAGAUUGUUCGUGUCAAGGAUGACUACAAGAUCCAGGACGAGAGACGCAAACACCAAGAAGCUGCCGAAAAGAAGAGGCUUGAUACACCAGAGGAGGGUGAAAAUCUUAUCAAUUUCGGUGAAGUAAAGGUCGACAAAUCUGCAGAUAUUGCUUCUCUCCAGUCCUUGUACCACCCAAUCCCGACAAGAUUGACUACCAUCCCCGCUGCUGAUAGGCGGGAGGCCGUCUCAUGCAUCUUGCUGCUCCUUCUGUCCACGGGCAAGUAUUCUGCCCAUACCCGAGCGCUGGCGUUGUACCUUGCUUCAUCCCUGGAGCUUCCCCAGACUUUCAUCAUUAAGGAAGAGAUGGAAAUUGCAAAGACUCUUCUGGAAUCUUCCAAGGAUCAGGACAAACAGCAGGAAGUCAUGUCUGCCGAAGCCGAAGCAUCCAAGCGCCGAGAGGAGAACAAGUUUAGUAGGUUCUGGAAAGUAGGCCUUGCAUCUGUCGCUGGAGCAGCUGUUAUAGGUGUCACCGGAGGGCUGGCAGCUCCAUUGGUUGCAGGCGCUGUUGGUAGCAUCCUUGGUGGUGUAGGUCUAGGAGGUGUCGCGAGCUUCCUGGGUAUCUUUUGGAUGAACGGUGCCCUUGUGGGUGCUCUGUUCGGCGCCUACGGUGGAAAAAUGACGGGUGAAAUGAUGGACAAAUAUGCUAAGGAGAUUGAAGACUUCUGCUUUAUACCUCUCAAGGGAGUAUGGGGUGAGAUAUUCAACGCUGAACAGGAUCAAGCACAAGCACAAGAGCGGCGCCUUAGAGUUACGAUUGGAAUCAACGGCUGGCUGCGUGACGAGGAUGAUGUAACCAAACCCUGGCGUGUUCUCGGUGACGAUUCUGAGGUGUUUGCCCUGCGUUACGAAAUGAAGUCUCUCAUCGCUCUUGGACAUGCGCUUCGAACUAUGGUCGAGUCUUUCGCUUGGAAGAAGGUCAAGAUGGAGAUUCUGAAGCGUACCGUUUUUGCCACGCUUCUUGCUGCACUUUGGCCUAUUCAGCUGCUCGCUGUCGCUUCUAACGUUGACAACCCCUUUGGCCAUGCUCACAACCGAUCUCGAAAGGCAGGACAGCUUCUUGCUGAUGCUCUUAUCAACAAGGUCCAAGGAGAACGCCCUGUAACACUGAUUGGAUAUUCUCUAGGUGCCACAUCGAUCCAUGCUUGUUUACAGUCUCUUGCCGAGCGACAAGCCUUUGGUCUCAUUGAUUCUGUUGUCAUUAUUGGCGCUCCUGCUCCCUCUGCAUCCCCUCACUGGCGUACCCUUCGCACCGUUGUCUCGGGAAAGAUUUUCAACGUAUACUCGGAGAAUGAUUUGAUCCUUGGUUUUGUGUAUCGUGCUCAUAGCCUCUCCAUGGGUGUUUCUGGCUUGCAAAACAUCCAAGAGGUCGAUGGUAUUCAGAACCUUGACCUAAGUGACACGGUCUCUGGACAUCUUCGAUAUCCCGACAUUAUCGGUGAAAUCCUCAAUAAGUGCGGUUUUGUUGGCAUCAAGGCUACUUCGGAAAUCGAAAAGGACGAGCUCAUUCUUAUGAAGGAUCGUCAUGCUGAGGGAGAGUUGAUUGACUUUGAAGGAACAGCGUUGGAGGGACAAGAGAAGCCUCAGUCGCCCAGUCAAGAGCAGAUCGAGAGAGAUCUCCAUGGGCUCAACAUUUCCCCCCCGGCACUCGUCUCACCUUCACAGCCUCCAGGUCACGAACAGCAGCAGAAGGUGUCUGAUUCUGAAAACCCACCCCUUCCCCGACGUCCUGUCGCUAAGGACAAAGACGAAGGUCCAGAACUUCCUCGUCGCCCUGUAGCAAGCGAAAAGAAGUCAGGAGAAAAAUCCGAAGAAUCCACGCCACCAUUACCUCGACGCCCUACCGAACCUCAGCAUGAAGACAGACCUGCCAUUCCUCGCCGACCUGUCGAAGCUGGACAAGAGGAAAACCCUCCUCUGCCUACACGACCUAUUGAAUCCUCGCACGAUACACAUCAGCAACGACCCUUGACACCUGAUUCGAAUGCCAGUGAUGACGAAGAGUAUACUCAUAUUGCCAUGGUCAGCUAUGAUAGUGAUCACAGUACGAAAUAA